GGGAAGAGAAUCGUGCGCGUGCGCGGUUAACUCGGUUCGCCCGGCGUUGAGUGACCGAGCUGCGUGGAAGAGUCCAUUGUGUACCGAAGGGCGUAGGCAGUUCAAGUAGUUUUUUCCCCGCUCUUUUUCCCCCCCGCCCCAGCACUCUGCCAGGAAGUUGCGCCUCAUUUUGGCUCCAGCACCCUCCCCUGAGGCAGCCAUCAUCACCAUAACCCUGCGGGAACGGUCCCCGGUCCCCCUCGUGGCAGCACGGAGCAUGGUGAAAUUAGCUGCAAAGUGCAUCCUGACAGGUGACUCAGCAGUAGGGAAGAGUGCCUUGUCCCAGAUGUUCUGCAAUGAUGGAGCUCAUUUCCAGAAAAACUACACACUGACGACGGGCGUGGAACUGUUGGUGAAGACUGUAUCUGUUCCAGAGACAAGUGAUAGUGUGGAACUCUUCCUUUUUGACUCAGCGGGAAAAGAACUAUUUUCUGAGAUGAUAGAGAAACUGUGGGAGCAGCCCAAUGCCCUGUGUAUUGUGUAUGAUGUCACCAAUGAACCGUCUUUCAAUAACUGUGCCAAGUGGCUGGAGAAGCUGAGGGCACAGACACUUGGAAUGCACCUUCCAGGUGUCUUAGUGGGGAAUAAAACAGACCUGAUUGGUCGACGAGUUGUGGAGCAGAAACGGGCACAGGAGUGGGCUGAGAUCCAUGGCCUGCAAUACUGUGAGACAUCAGUGAAGCUGUCUGGCUGCCAGGAGCUUUUCCUCUGUACCUCUCAUAACUUGGUAAUGCAGUGCCCUCUGCUGGUCCCAGGUCACAAAUGUGCCAAAGAAGAUGUUAUUGUGUUGUAAUGAGCAAGAGUUGUGCUCCUAUCUUCCUUCCCAACCUCCCAGACCAGAGCCAUCCCUUGGGUAGGUCAAAUCAGGGCGACCAGUCCAGGCCCUGCACUUGGUGUGAUUGGCUGGCAUGGUCACUCCCAGAAGAGACAAAUCCCUCACUUCCGCCCUGGACCCUGCAUCCCCCCAGAGAUGGUCCUUUAUCCCGAGGAGGGGUACCCAGGAUUUCAAAUAGAUAAUUUCUCCUGCUCUCUUUCCCCUUGCUCUCUCUCCCCCUCCCCCCAAGCUUGCCUUUGUUUUGUGUGUUCGGGAUGUGGGGGGUGUUGCUAAGUAAAUUCAGUAGUGUCACCUCCUUACUAGGUCCAGUUUUCCAGUCUCUUGGUCAAAUGAGAACCUCAUUUUGUUGUUCAGUUUUCACCAUCCAUUCUCACAUUUCCUAGCUGAUCACUUGGUUCUGGUAUCACUAGUGCAAACAGGACACAGGAGGAGAAAGAGGCUGCCUGGCUCUAAACUAUUGAGAGUCAGCAGAGGGACUUGUCCAGGUUGAGGUUUGGUGUGGGGAGGGGCAACAUCUCUAGGUAGAAUUCUUGUCUCUGAUAUAAUACUGAUACAGCAUGUGUGAGAACCCUUUCAGAUCUCCAGUGCAAGGAAAUGCACUGCAGUUAGGCAAAACAUCUGUGCAAUUCAAGGUAGGAUGUAGCUCUUUUCUUCCAGAAGAGGGUCAAUUGCAGAGAUUCUUGUCUGCUUCCAAGGUCACAACAUCUUCCCUUGGCUAAGGGGUGCUGAUUUUUGUGGGGUGUGCACUGAGUCAUUUCUCUGAGACAAGCUUUCCAGGAAUCUCUGCUUUUGGUGGUUGGAUGUAAUGCAUCUAAGUAGGAGAUGUGGAGGCAGGAGCCCGCCACCUCCAGCUGCUGUGAAUAAGAUAUAAUUAUUUUUAGUACUGUGCUGAGUUAGUCGAAGAACUUUAGAACUAAAGGCUCACUUUGAUUUGAUGGCUCCUCCUACAGUUUUACUAGUAAUAUGCUUCUGUUACAUGAUGGAUCUUUUCAUAUUUAAAAUAUUUUGCCAAGUGUGUCUUUGCCACCUGUGGCAUGAUCUAUGGAGGAUUAAUACCUUGAGGAUGGGAGAUAAGGGGAAAUCCAUGUGAUUUUUAUCUGGGAACGACUUUCUGACUGCCCCCAGAAAAACCUGCCAUAGCUCUUAAUAACUGAAGAAGAGCUCUGUGUAAGCUCAAAAGUUUCUCUCUUACCAACACAAGUUGGUCCAAUAAAAGAUAUUACCUCA